AUGAGGAACAAAACAAUUGGCUGGAAGCACUGUCUCUCAAACAGUAAAUCCUCACAAGUCCCGACUUCCUCCUCUGCUGUUUGCAAUGCAGCGUGGGCGGGCACUAAGAAGUGCCGUCUCCUCUCCUCCCCCCACGAUCUCUCUCUUCCUCCCUCCCACACACCCACCCAUGCCUCCUGCCCUUGACACUUACAGAACGGAAGAGGAGGAAGAGGAGAAGCUGUGAUCUUUUCCUAUUUAGAUGUUGCAGUGACGGAUUUCUCUUUAUCUCUCUGACUGUGCUCAUUAUGUGCUCUGUGCCUCUCUGUGGUGUUCCAUCCCUCUGGACUGACUGUUCCUCCAUGCCUGUGCUGCAACUCAGAUGGGAGACAUAAGUGCUGUGGCUGUCUGGCACGUGAACACGAGGUAGGUCUCUGUGGCAGGCCAUCCCAGGCACAGGAUGCUAAACGGCAGCCGUGAGGGCUUGUUUGAACUAGGCAGGCAGCUCCAGCAGGAAGGGGACUCCCAAGCUGCUCUGCACUGCUUCCUGAGCUGCCUACUGGGACUCACACAUGUGCAGAGCUUCCAUUCGCUACCCAACUGCCUUCAUCAGAUUGCUGAACUCUACAUUGAUGAGAAGAACUAUGGGAAAGCUUUGCAGUUCAUCCAGGCGGAGAAGAUGUUCUAUGAAGUGGCAUUGAUCGAGCUUACCUCACUGCAAGGGAGCACAGGGUGUCAGGAAGACGAAUUACUGGGCACGUCAGGAUGUCUGUCUCAAGAGGCGUUAUCGGAACAGACUUCACAGGCCCAGGAUCUUGAAAGACUGGCUCAGCUUUGCAUCAUGAGCAAGAGACCCCAUCUUGCUUUAGAGUACAGUGGCAAGGCCACUAAAAUCCACCAGCAGACUUUUGGUAACAAUCACCCCAUCACAGCAAGGAGUCUGGAGCUGCUAGCCACUGUCUAUGCUGAGAUUGGCAAGACAGAAUAUACUGAUUCGUUGGGGGAGUGUGUGUCGAAUUUUUCGAAGAGGUUCUCUGCCACAGAGUCGUUUAGCGAUGCCCUAAGUGGUAUCUCUCAUAGCCAUAAGGACAGACACUCUGAGCUACGGCACAGAAAACAGUCAUACAUACAUCAGGAAACUCUUAAAUAUAAGGUCAUAAGUAAAAAGCUGCCCACUUCUAUCCUGAAAAGGUCCAGUGUGAGCAGUGUGGAUUCAGAUUUAUCGCGCAGACGCAAAACUAAGAGGCGCGUUCGCUUCAGAGAGCCUGAGAUCACUGUUCACGACAUUCCUUAUGACUGUUUAGGAGUGUAUGACACACCCCAGAGCCAUUUGCACUUGGCCCUGCUCACCUGCCUGUUCCUACUGCUGUCUGCACUGGGUCUAGCGCUGUACUGCACAGACCGACGGAGACCCCACCGUUCCUGUGAGGAGAUGCAGACUGCAAUGGCUGUGUACCUGCUGCAAUUCAAACAGAUCAUCUGGGCCUGCUGGAUCUGGCUGACCAUGCAAUAACCAUAAAGGACCACAGGGGGCAACAAAGUGUCUAAACACAGGCAAUGCAUUGGGAAUGUCACACCUGGCAAAGAGAAAUAUAAUGGGUCAGGGUUAUCUAUAAUGGACAGAGAAAGAAAUAAGGUGUGCUUCUUGAUUUUUUAGUGCUUGAAACAGCUCUAUUUUCACUGUUAUAAUGAGACUAGCCACCAGUCGAUGUCUUUGAGGAUGUUCAACAUCCACCUCUUUUGUUUUCUAGUUGACUGAAGGCCAUGAGCUUUUCCACACCAUUAAGUUGGUGUGUGUUUUUGCCCUUUAUACAGUAGUGGCAGAGUAAUUGCCACAUCCUCAUUAUACGAAACCGUAUAUAAUCCAAGUCUUCUUUAUGUAGCUCUUUGUCAUUGUAGCAGUUCUGGGCAAUCUGUGUUUUAAUAUAAUUAUUAAAACAAAUAAUACUAAUUUUUAAGAAUGCUUGUUGUUCCAAAGAAUACUUGUGCAGGAAUAUAAAAAAUAAAAUACAAAAAACGUUAUUCUCGGAACUAUACAGGACAUACUGAGAACGCAAUGAAUUCCGUCCAUCAGAGUUAGAGCCCGACUGAUUUUUUUGUAGGUCAGUAUUAUCAGUCAAAACAGGCAUGCAAGACAUAUACCUGUAUUGGGCUUUGAUAAUGAAAACUAAAUUAAUAGUAGUACUGUAGAAAGAAUAUGCAUGUAUUAUGCAUGUAACAGUGGUUACAUGCAUAAUUCCAUGUGCAUAGUCACAAAAAAGUCAUAAUGCAAAAAGGUUUCAUGCAAAAACCAUUUUGACACAUGCAUAUUGCAUGCACUGAUAGAAUCCGCACAGUAAGUGCAUGGCUGCACCAACUUUUGCAAGUGCCGCUCUUUUUUAUUCUUACUGCUAUGGGUGGACUGGGAAGAGAAAUAGGGCCUGGAUUUUACAAAGAAACUGGCCCAAAAGUGGUAUCGCUGUCCUUUUCUGCAUAUCGCGGCGCCGUUUUGCGGCCGUCUUCAGCCUGUGCUUGUUAGGCACAACCCAUUUCAGCUUAUCGCUGCCCGUUCAGCCCCGUUUCGUGGACGGCCCACCGGGAAACGCCACGGUUCUCCCUAUGGCCAGUCCACCGCUGCUUACUGCAUACAUGCAAUACAUAAUUUCCAUGAUUAAAUGUUUGCACAGGCUUUCAAAUAAAUGCUUGUCAAUAUUUAUCCUAGUAUAAAGAAUGUUUCAUCUCAAAAGUUGAUUGCUUCAGAAGCACACUCCCUGUGUUCUACAGUACAGUGAAAAAGUAUUUGCCCCAUCCUUAUUUCUUCGGUUUUUAUGUCUAUCUGAUACUAAAUUGUUUCAAAAAUUCAAACAAAAUCUAACAUAAAACAAAGGCAAUCUGAGUAAAAACUAAAUACAGUUUUAAAUGAUAAUGUUAUUUAUUGAAGCAAACAACUUAUCCAAUACCAACUGGGCCUGUUUGAAAAAGUAUUUGCCCCUUAGUUACUAAAUCCCCAAAUCUAUGAAACUGCAUUCAUAAUGGGGUUCAGCUGGACUAGACACACCCAGGCCUGAUUACUGUCAGUCCUGUUCAAUCAAAUCAACACCUAAAUAUAACUUUUUCAGCAGCAUGAAGUUGGCUAAAAGGUCUCACCCAGUAGCACACUAUGUCAAGGAGGAUAGAAAUUACAGAAAUUAUGAGGGAAAAGGUGACUGAAAUUCAUCAGUAUGAGAAGGGUUACAAAGCUAUUUCAAAGGCACUGGGACUCCAAAGAACCACAAUGAGAGCCAUCAUCUCCAAAUGGAGAAAACUUGGCACAGUAGUGAACCUUCCCAGAAGUGGCCGACCUUCCAAAUGUCCUCCAAGAGCACAGCGACGACUCAUCCAGGAAGUCACAAAAAAGCCAAGGACAACAUCUAAGGAACUGCAGGCCUCUCUCGCAUCAAUAAAGGUCACUGUUUAUGAUUCCACUAUCAGAAAGACACUGGCCAAAAAUGCCAUCCAUGGAAGAGUGGCGAAAACCAUCGUUAACCCAGAAGAACAUUAAGGCUCGUCUGAAUUUUGCCAAAACACACCUUGAUAAUCCUCAAACCUUUUGGGAGAAUGUUCUGUGGACUGAUGAGUCAAAAGCGGAACUGUUUGGAAGAAAGGGGUCCUGUUACAUAUGGCGUAAAUCAAACACAUAAUUCCACAAAAAGAACAUCAUACCUACAAUGUGAUGGUGUGGGGAUGCUUAUAUAUAUAUUUUUAAGAAAUCAGGAAUGGGGAAAAUACUUUUUCAAUGUAUGCUGAAUUUGAGCAUACAAAAUGUAUUUGUGUUUGUUAUUUUAUCAAGAGACUUAAAAAGCUGCCCAAAAAGGGCUUUCUUGGGUCUUUCAAUGACGCACUGAUGCAAGGGAUGGAUUCAGGAACCUGGCAAUAGAUAUAUGCUCCAGUACAUCCAAGAAAGCUUUUAUUUUCAGACCAGCUUAAACAAAAUAAUACAUAGGUUUUGAUACUAUCCUUUUUAUUCCCUUUAAAUGUCAGCAUUGGACCUAAAAUCAGACAGGCUCUAUAGAAUUUGCACACUGCAACCAAUGGUAAAUUAUUCAUUAUAAAUUAUGCUUUUUAUGUAAAAUCAUAUUUUAUUUAUUCAGACAUUUUACUUUUAAAGCAUUUGCUGUACAUAAUGUGGUUGAAUGUGUCUGUGGAAUGCAAGACUAUACUAUUUAUUUUACUAAUAAUCAAAUAUGUUUAGUACAAAUAUGCAUUUUAUGCAUUUAUCAAAAAUGUAUAUAAAGAACAACACUAAGCAUUGUUAAUGAAUAUAUUUCAAUGUACAUGUGAAAAGAGAAGUACUGGCACAAUGUCAAUACCUUUAGCAUCUAGUUUACAACUUCAAAUAAAGGGCAAAGCUGUUACAUUAA